AGCAGGAUGCAUAAGCUCAAUCUCUUGGUAGCUUUUUUGUUCUUGUGCCAAUUUGGCAAUUCCAUGUCUACGUCCAACAGUACGACUAAGUUGGAUGACCCGGAAAUUGGUGUAGUCAAAUCUGCUGAGCGAGCUACAAACUUUCCCAUACAAAUUGGCAAUAAAUUUUAUCACUUGGAGACAAAAGCGCAUUUAAAUUGGUUUGAAGCUGCUAACAAAUGUCGUGAGCUAGGAGGCUAUCUGCUUAACAUUGAGAGCAGUGAGGAAAUGGACGCACUCAUAUCCCUUUUACCAACGGGGCAACAAUGGUUUUGGACAUCUGCACAUUGCCUUGCAGGAAAUAGGAAGUUUAUAUCGGUAACAACUGGAGAGCCCAUGCCUUAUAUGAGAUGGCAUAAUGGUCAGCCAGACAACCAAGGAGGGCAUGAAAACUGCGUGGAGCUCACCUCCAUUCCUGUAGAGAGAAAUACUUAUGCUUUGAAUGAUUGGCUAUGUAGGAUCAGACAUAAUUACAUAUGCCAAGCUAAAACUGUAUAA